UAUUGCGCAUAGAGAUCCCUGCAAAAACGUGAUCAUGUUAUAAGUUAUUCGAUAUUGGAAAACAAAAAUCCACCUCCGAGGUCUGAAAUGCUCGAUCUGGAAACUAACAUGGAGUACUGGAUGGCAUUGUUAAGAUAAUUGCCGCACAAAGACCCUAUGACGUUGGAGAUGGGGACGCGGCUAGGAGACGGAGCGACGGCUCAAUUCCUGCUCUUGCUGCCGUCUCGCCGCUGCCGGUGCUUUCGCCUCAGUGGCACGCGGUUGUGUCGCUGCCGUUGCCACCCGCUUGCGGAGAUGUAUCGCCCUGCCGCGUGCGGGGGAGGCGGAGGCAGUAGUCGCGCGUUGGAGAGGAGAAGGCAACGACGCAGCGGGGCGGCAUCAGUGGAUGGUAGCCAUCGCGCCUCACGCGCGGCGAAGAAGAAGGCAGCGGCCGUGUGCGUCAUGCGUCAGAUGCGCACUCUCUACACAUUGCGGAAGCGCACAUGUCGGUGCCGAACAAGCCGUGUCGAAGUUCAAUCUGCCUCUGGUGCGCCACCUUCGAGUCGCUCGCUGUCGGCACCGAUUGGCUUAGGGAUGUCGCUAUCGCCGUCGCCUUCGAUUUGUGGAGACCGUGGUAUGGUAGAGGAGAGUGCGUGCGGUGGAGCCACCGGCGAGGGAGGCGGAGGCGGUGCUAUGGGGCGGAUCGCAGGAGGCUGCGGCGGCGUGCGGCGACGUGCCCACAGAGAGCAGGGCGUCGCCGGCGACAUCACCUUGAGCACCGGCGCCGCGGGCACGACCGUGUUGUAUCCACAGAGCUCGUCGCCGGUCUACCGGUUGGGCACCGUCGCACUAAUACCAGCUCGAGCAAUUGGUUGCCGACGAGGGCGAAGGCAGGCGGAGGAGCGCGGCAGAGGUCAGCAGCGGCGCGGGCGUAGGUGGAGGAGGUAGGGAUGAAAACGGUCGGAAACAUCGGAAAAAGCUUUCACCAUUUUUAUUUUCAUAUUUUUUUAAAGCGUAAUCGAAAAUGAUAGUGUUUGAAACGAAUACAGUGUGGGAACAUCGAUAACAAUAUUGUCAGAACGGAAAUAAGCCGGUAUCGAUCGGGAAUCAAAAUUAUUGAACGAUAAACACCGACGUAACACUACUUGCAAUCACGUCCAUACACCGUGUAUAGGAUCGAUGAUUACACACAAACACACUAUGAUGAUAAUAUCAAAUGUUUAACUUAAAUAAUAAUGCCAUACACGUUCGACUUAUGAUAGACUAAACAAACACAUAAGUAUUGAAGUAUACAAUCAGACACUAGAACAUCGCAACAUACUAACAUCUAAUGAGAUAGACAUAUUACAUAUAUUUUUAGUUUAGACUUAAUAUAGACACAUAAUAGUUUAGAUUUAACAUAAAUUUAUAUGAGUUGGGCUGCUUGUGGAUGUGUGACUUUAUAUAUGAGGGUGAAAAACGGUAAUUACUGGGCUUAAAAUACGAUAAUUACCGGCUAAAUACGAAAAAAAAAUCCGAAAACGAUUGGAAGAGCCCAAAAUCAUUUCCACUUUCAUUUCUGGGAUGUAAUAAUAUUUACAUUUCUAUUUCUAUUUCCUUAGUAUAUUAUUUCUGGCUGUUACGGAUGAAACUCUUUAAAAAAAAUAAAAAACCGAUAUAUAUCAUUUCCGUUUUUAUCCCUAGAGAAGGGCACUGGCGCGGGGGGAGCGAUUCGUCUUCUACUUUUCUGGUAAGUGCUUUCGUUUCUCAGAGGUGUUUUCGUCUUUUACUGUUCUGCACGUACGAAAGUUUUUUUACUGAUCUUGCUGAAUCCAUCCUUUACAUGUUUUCUUCUCUUGAUGUUUUUCUUCUCCCUAAAGUACAACUCUAAUAUCAUAUCUAGCCCGUGCAGUUGUAUGCGUUAAUGUAAUCUUGUUGGAUUAAGGGAAUGUAUUAUGUUAUUGAAUCAGACAAGUAAAAGAUUAAAAAAAUUUGAGGAGGUGUUGGAGGUGGAGGACGCUCAACUGGGCGCCAACGCAUCGCCUUCAGUCCCACUAUUUUGCGCAUCAGGGAGAAGGCACCGAAGUCCUCACAGCGAGGAUGCGGCGGCGGGUUUGCGAACUCGGUCGCCGACUGCGAACUCGCUUAAAGGACCGAGUCCACGACACCAGCGCCUGCAAACUUGCUCGCCUGGCAAUCGAACAUCGCUCUGUACUCGCUCGCCUGGCGAUCGAACAUCACUCUGUACUCGCUCGCUUCCAUUCAACUGCUAAAAAAAACUGCUGAUGUGGAAUUACGAGGGACGAGCUUUCCCAUGCAAUUUAGGUUAUAGAGAAGAGAUAGAGAUAUAUAUCCAUGCCUGACAAGGUGAGGCCAGGCUGAGUAAAGGAUUCAAACACACCGAAAUCUCCCCUUUUCCACGGUGAGGAUUCGCUGGUCGCCCUCGUCACGGGGCGCGCGUAUGAGCCGAAGCUUCGAGCACUCAGGUACGGGGACGCUGUCUGCCAGUCCGCCGUUGGGUUGGGAAGACGAGAUGCGUGCGCUGGCCCUAUGAACACUGAACAGCUCGCCUCCGUGCUGGGAUGCUCCGUACACUACUAACUCACGCCCCUGGAACUGGAAGGCUGGAAACAGAGGUUCUCCUGACGCCCUACAAAAUCAAAAGAUACUAUUGCUUCUCAAUGGACACAAUUCAGUUCCAAAGGUUUAGGCCCCGUUUGAAAGACAUGAAUUUUAUAGAAAUUGUGUAUAUAUAAAUUAAACAAGGCCUUAGUGGAUCUGUGCACUCGAGUCCAAGCAAUCCUUGUGUUUCUUUUGAAGAUUUUGAAAUUAUUAGUAUUACCAUGACUUGGUAAAAGUCCCACUGUUGCAUGCA